AGUGCGGUGUUUUCUCUUCGCUGGAUGGGCUCAUUUCGCCGCGUCUUCGAGAGGAGUACAUUGAUAGUUGGGCGAGCUCUGCGGCUGCUUAGAGUUGCGUUCUUGUCAAUCGCCUUAUUGUCCUGUGGAGCACUACAGCGAGUCGCCUUCAAGCGAAUAGCUUAUCCUCUGGGACGGUAUCCAGUUUUGCUACUAUGUGUGAUAUCGGCUGCGUUUAUUCCCCUUUUUGGUUUCCCCUACCUCUAUGUGAAGUGUGCCGCGGGUGGUACUGACGACCGUCGCAUUCUGCCCUACUCUAUAAUAGGUGCCCUUAAUGCAGUUAAUGGCGUUUUGACUAUAUUUGGUAACGCGUAUGUUCCUGGUUACCUACAGACUAUACUGCAGCAGACUAUUAUCCCUUUCACGAUGAUAUUAUCUGUGCUUAUAUGCGGUACUCGCUACGGUGCUCAGCAUAUACUUGGAGUUGUUAUUAUCAUCGUUGGUGUUGCUAUACAGUUGGGCCCACUAGUGUCGAGUAGCGAAGACAGUCCGACAUCAACCACUACUAGCUUGUUUUGGUCUGUAGUUUAUCUUAUAGCGCCUUUACCAGUUGCCGUGGCAGCAGUUUACCAAGAGUCGGAGUUUUCCAAGCGCAAGGUGAACCUGAUAUCACUAAUGUAUUGGAGUAACCUCAUCCAAGCUAUAAUACUGUUCAUGCUGGUACCGUACGACCUGGUCGCCUCGGAUAACUCGGAGGUGUUACAGUGGCCGGCAGCGUAUCGGUGUAUUAUGGCCUCUGAUGAGAGGGUCAAUCCCGAAUGCGCUAAUGGGCAGGCUGGGAUCUACCUAGGGUCGUGUAUUCUGUGGAUGCUCAUUUCCCAAUUGAUCCAAGCGGAGUUGGUCCGACAUGCAGGAGCCAGCCUCUGUGCUGUAGUCAUGACGCUGGGCUUGCCUACCACCGCCCUCGCUUUUUCCAUGCCUGAGCUUAUGGGAGAUCAUAUCGAGCCUAUUGAUCGCUCAACCAUGUUGGCCCUCUCGGUGAUUCUGUUGGGCGUAAGCUUAUACCGUUCGGCUAAUAUGAGCGAUAAUGCUCCUGUUAGCCCGAAGAGUGCCGCAGCCUUGGUGCAGUCCACAGACUCGAGCGGUAUGUAUUUCCAUAGGCGCUAA